AUGAAAUCCGGAAAUUAUAAACCUUCAGCAAAAGAAAUUCAGCAUAUUAGAAACUUGAAUAUUCCAGAUAAUACAAGAAAAUCUGUUGAUAAAUGGGAACUUGAGCAAGAAAUGAUUGAAUUUAUCUGUGGUGUUCGUCAAAUAAAUAGUGGAGAAGAAUAUGCGCCAUUAUCAUUAUGCAAUGAAAUUAACUGUCUCGCGACAUAUUUUAUGGAUCAGCCACUCAAUAUUAAUAAAUAUAAUUUGGGCAGCAAGCAAGAAUUUAGAGAAUUAUGGAAAACUCUUGACGGAAAAAUGAAACAACUUAAAAAAAUUGGAAAAAUUACUUGUCAUCAUGAUCCACUGGUUAAUUCAGAAGUUCAUACAAUAUUCAAUCAUGAAGCAACAUCAACAUCUUAUUCACAAGGUUUACAGUAUUGUGUUUUCAUGUGGUGUUGUUUACUUUUUGCUUCUCGAGGUGGUAAACAUGCAGAAAUGCGUGUAUUACAAUUUGUAUUUACUCAAGAUGGUGGAUUACAUUUUACAAAAUUUUCACAAAAGAAUGAUCAAGAUGGAAUCAAUGGUAAUUUGGAUUCUUUGAUUAUUCCUGUACCACCUGAUUCUAAAGGAUUACUUGGCCCUGUUCAUGAUAUAAAACUAUAUAUUGAACAUCAACCAAAAAAUUUUAAAUCUAUAAUUCGCGGAGAAUGGUAUCUUGAUUCGAAACUUGGAUCUAAAACCUGUGCAAACUUGAUGAAAAGUAUUUGUAAUGCAUCAGCUGGUGUACCGAUUACAACUUCUAUGGCAAUCACAGGUCAUAAAAGUGAAUCUUCAUUUAGAAUUUAUUCAAGACCUUCAGAUAAACAAAAAGAAGAAGCUUUAUCAUUAUUAAUUGAAACUGCUGGUGACUUGCCGUCAAUUGAAAAAUUUUCAAAAAAUUCUAAUGAAUUACCAUCAUCUCAAGAAUUUUCGUCAGUAUCACAACCUGGCUCAACAUCUAAAUCGAAUAAUUCAAGUGACUCAAGUGAUUUUUAUGUGGCAUAA